UCUUCCUGGAUCCCUUCAACCCUGUUAAUGCUUAUCCGUACACUACCCCCCCCUCCGCCCGGGCCGCCCUCCCCUUAUGCAGGGACAUGCCCGCUCCCUAAUACCUAGGCUGGCAUUAUGAAUGCCUUCCAGUGGGGCUGCGUGUGCGUGUUUGCACAGGGCUAGAAUUUGCAUCAUCAGCGCUUGCCCCAGUAUUUUCCACCUGAUCCUCACAAUUGUGGUUAAUCAGCUUGACGAAUGUGCCGAAAUCUGCAAUCAGCUGGGACACGCCAGGGGCUUUGAUCCCGGGCUGCAGACGAAAAAGCCGGGAGGGUUUGGCACAAUGACAUGCCAUACAGGGCCUUAGCAGCGUGGCAAAAUUUGGCUGUUUUGGAGCUGCCUCCUCCCCUUCCCCCAGUCCCUUCGCCUGUGGGAGAUCUGAGCUGGCUUCCCUUGCACUGGGUGUUCCCUCCUUUCUCCCACUCACUGCAGAAGGGUCAAGUCUACCAUGGCCGGGGACAGACUUCCACGCAAAGUGAUGGAUCCCAAGAAGCUUGCCAGCCUCUUGAGGAGUGGGUCCGAAGGCAUGCUGGUCAUUGACAGCCGCUCCUUUGUGGAGUACAACUCUUGGCAUGUUCUCAGUUCUGUCAACAUCUGCUGCUCCAAGCUGGUCAAGAGGAGGCUUCAGCAAGACAAGGUAUCCAUCACAGAACUCAUCCAGCCAGCCUGCAGUAUAAAGGUGGAAGCGGAAAAGCACCAAGAUGUGGUAGUCUAUGACCAGAGCACAAGGGAUGCCAAUGGACUGGCAUCUGACAGUUUCCUCUCCAUUCUUCUUGGCAAGCUGGACAGUUGUUUCCACAAUGUCUCCAUCCUCACAGGGGGGUUUGCCACCUUCUCGUCUUGCUUCCCAGGACUCUGUGAAGGGAAACCCACUGCCAUCCUGCCAAUGAGUAUCUCUCAGCCAUGCCUGCCGGUGGCCAAUGUUGGCCCAACGCGCAUCCUGCCUCAUCUGUAUCUCGGCUCCCAGAAAGAUGUCUUGAAUAAGGACCUCAUGACUCAGAAUGGGAUAAGCUAUGUCCUCAAUGCCAGCAACUCUUGUCCCAAGCCAGAUUUCAUCUGUGACAGCCACUUCAUGCGCAUUCCAGUCAAUGAUAAUUACUGUGAGAAGCUCCUUCCCUGGUUGGACAAGUCAAUUGAGUUCAUUGACAAGGCCAAGGUCUCAAGUUGCCAGGUGAUAGUGCACUGCUUGGCAGGGAUCUCUCGAUCUGCCACCAUUGCCAUUGCAUACAUCAUGAAGACCAUGGGCAUGUCUUCAGAUGAUGCUUACAAAUUUGUCAAAGACCGGCGCCCCUCCAUAUCACCCAACUUCAACUUUUUGGGUCAGCUCUUAGAAUAUGAGAGAAGUCUGAAGCUGCUUAAGGCUUUGAAGGCCCAAGGGGAGAAAAGUGAAGGAGAAUCUUCACAAGACCACUGUGAAGCUCCUGCUGAAAGCAACCGGCCACAGACUCUGUGCAGUACCUUAGAAAAGACUGAAGAGCUAUUUAAAAACACAGCCUUGGAAACUUCCUCGGUUGACUCUGAGAGGCCAUCGGGAGUUCCCAAAAUUGUCUCACCUACAGCACUACAGCAGGGACUCAAUGGGUUGCACUUAUCUUCAGAGCGCAUCCAAGACACAAACCGGCUGAAGCGUUCCUUCUCCCUGGACAUCAAGUCAACCUACUCUCCUACUCAGAGGCAGGAUGCUCCAGGUCCAACAGAAGCUGGCGAAACACCGAAGCUUUGUAAGCUGGACAGUCCUUCGGGCCCUAAUGGCACGUGCCAGUUUUCUCCCCUUCCAGAUAGUCCUGACUGGCCCAGUGGGCCCGACUUCCUCCUAGAAGCCAAAGUGAGGCAGAGACGAAAGCACAGGCACCAAGCAGGCUCCCCAGCCCAUGGGCUGAGCCUUAAUUUCAGCGGGGUGUGUGCCAUGCAUAAAAGCACCAGCAUGGAAGACAGUCUCAAGCAAACCCUUCGGCUGAGCCUUCCCAGUGUGGGACAACAGUUGGCCCAACCCGCCACAGCGCCAACCUCUGCCGGCAGUUGGAGUGGGAGGCACUUAGAAUCCCCCAGCACUCCUUCCUCCGAGAAGCCCUGGUACUUGAGCACAACAGACCCAGCAGCAGGUGGCAAAGUGAGCGGGAGCGGGACUCUGUUUGCCAGCACCACCCCUUACGCUUCAUUCAGCUGCAGCACAAUCCAGGCCAGCUGUGAGAUUAGACUGAGGGACAAGCAGCGAGGGGAGCAGCGGGAGGUGCGGCACAGCUGGCACGAGGACACCACAGCUGAGAAGCAGUUCAAACGGAGGAGCUGCCAGAUGGAAUUCGAGGAGACCUUGUCUGAGAGCCGGUCUCGGGAAGACUUGGGCAAAAUCAGUAAACAGUCUAGCUUUUCAGGCAGCAUGGAAAUCAUAGAGGUGUCAUGACAUUCACCUUGUGAGAUUUGAGCGCAAGUGUGUGUGCAUGGGUGGGUGGGUGGGUGGGGGCUGGCAAGGUAUUUAAUGGGGAAGAUGAAAGGUGUGGGUAUGGGUGGGAAUAUUAAUUUAUAUGCCUGUGUGCAUUCCCAAAAGCCACAUGGGCUAAAACAACGUAGAGGAAGAAAGCAGAGCUAAAUGAAUCCAAAGUCAAGAAACAUACGGUGCAUGCUUAGUGCCCCCUCGUGUUCCUGCCUCCACCACCAAGAUGAGCUGACCAUGGCCACAUUCCCUUUCUGGCAGGUGGAGAGUGAAUUAAUUCUGUCAAGUCCUGGAUUAUUUUCUUUCGCAUGCAGGCAGCACUACCCUCCCUCAUAAUACACAAACAGGGGAAAGGGAAUAGCUGAGGUGGAACUUCAAAAAUGGAGAAACUCUGGGAAAGUUAAACAGUUGUAAGACUUCCAGUAAUUGAAAGAUUUUCUGGAGGAAGAUUUGUUGUCGUUUGAUCAACAGAUUUACAGUGGGGGAAGUUAAAGGGAAGCAGGUUCUUUUCUUUGAGGAAUAUAUUACCAAUGAUUAAUAAUACAUUCUUAUCUAUCUCAUAGGAAAUGAGGAAGACUUUGCCUGUCCACUCCCAUUACAAGUACCGUUUGGGUUGGACAUUAUACAUUGAGCGAUCCUUCCCAAAUUGUGGAGACAAAACUUGGAGAGGCUAAUUUUGAAUGGCUUCCCUCUGUAUUUCCCCUUCCCAUACUGAGCAUGCUCCUCUGUGUUUCUCUGGCUAGUAUUCUUUAAUGCUGCACUACAGCAGUUCUAUACAUAUAUAAAUAUAUAAAUAUAUAUAUAUAAAUAUUAUAUAUAAUAUAAGAGAGAGAGAGAAACACAAAGAAAAAAUUUUAAUGGUUUUACUACACUUUUUAUUGAAACGAAUAAUGUUUCAACAUUUCUUUUUAAUUUAUUUGAAGCUGUUCAUUCUGGCAAUGAUAUUCAGACAAUGUAGGGGUGGUACUUCCAGCUCUGUUUUUACUGUGUAUGGUAUUUAAAUAUGAAACAUGAGUUUCAAAGCAAUAUCCUAGGCCUGUGGCUCCUUCUGUAGCUCACAUCAGUGGCACAGAUACCCCAAAAAGUGGGAUGAGAAGAUUGUAUGUGUGUGUAUGUGUGUCCGUGCGUGCGUGUGUCCGCAUGCACAUAUGUUUAUUUAAAAAAGAAAACUGAGAAAAUCUUCAACACAAACUGAGCCAGGAAUCCUUCUUAAUGCUUCUUUACUUCCUACUUCUAUCGCAUCUGCAAUCAAAGCCAUAAAAUCUUCCUGCAUUUGGAUGGGGAGCAGUGAGUUAGCGUUUUGCAAGGGCACCACACUUGCAUAGCUAUAAGAAAAAAAGAGAUCUAAAUUAAGGAAGGGUCUGCAGGUUACAUCAUUAAAGCUCAACUCAGUGAGGUUUAACCCAUCCACCCCCAUUUUUAGUUGCUCUCUGUAUGGAGAGCAUAUUGGACUGGGUGAGAGGGGUUACAUUCCUUGGGGAUAAGCUCUUUUCCAGCAACUCAGGGUAUCUCCCAAAUUAAUUAUGGUGACAAACGGACUGUGCACUGCCCUUGUGGGAAUGGGGGAAACUAUUGCAAAUGGUUGUUCUGAUGCUGCUUUUAUUCAAACAGUAUUAAACAAAGACUCCAACAGGCAUUGUGGGAGGAGAUGGAGUUAAGACUUGAAGCCUGAAGCCUGUGAGAAAAGGUGAUUGAACUAUAUUGUUGUGUUGCUAGGAUUAACAAUCCCUUUCACAUCUUCAGGCUAGCUGUGAGGAUUCCGCUGCAUGGCAGUGUCCAAAGUUAAGCAGCCUUUGGAGGAAGGAUUUCUUUAAAAAGGAUAGAUGAUCUCAACUGUAGUGUGAAAGCUUUGCCAAUCCAUCCCCAGCUCCCACCUUUACCAACCAUCUGCCAACACCCCAAUCUAUUGCUCAGAAGAUUAGUUUGGCUAUAGAUCGCAAUGGCCUUCUCUUUGAGAAACUGUGUUGCUAAGGUUGUGGUAUUGUCCACAAAAGAAACCUGCUUCUAACCUGAGUACCUCAACAGGUGGGGGAAAUAAUCCUCCUUUAUUUUUCUUUCAUUUUAAAAAAAGAGAAAUUGGGGCAGAGGGGAUCACCUUUUUAGGAUGAGCACCAAAAGACAGAGAGGAGGGAAGGGCCAGCUCAGGGCAUUUUAACACCAUAGGUGGGUAAUCUAGCCCAGCCUCCUUCUUAGGAGUAAAAGGUAAAAGAGUAAGUUAUAGAACAUACAAUUUGUUACUCUUUGGUAAUAGAAAAGUGCUGCCUGAAGUUGCUGCCUCAUUUUCUUCAUAGUAGCACUAGCCUGAGGUGAAGAAAGAGAUGGCAUCUGUUUCCACUGAUUCCAGAUGGGCAAAGUGAGGCCAUUCUAAAUGCUGCUGAAGUGCAAUUCCCACCACUCCUCACCUUUAGCUAUGGUGGCUAGGGCCAAUGGGAGCUAUAUCCCGACACCCGGAAAGCCAAAUUUUGCUUGCUUGUUGCACCAGUGGAGGUUGCUAUAAAAAUGGCAUUGCAGUGACGGCUCUGUACGAGGGGGUGGUGAUAUUGAUAAGCUACUAACUAUGCAGGCGGCCCCAUCACAUAAAAAUGCUGUGUCACAGUAAACUCUAUUUCUGUUGGCUGCUAAUGUGGAGAUUCCCUAUAGGACUGAGGUGCUCCACAUGGGAAGUAGCUGAGAAAUAUUACAGGCACGGCCUGAGGUUGUUGCAUUAAUUUUUUUUCAGAGGAUUUCACUUAGGGACCAUAUUGUUUACACGGGCCUUCCCUGGUACCAACUAGGAUUCUUAAGCCAGAGAGCACACUCACUAGUCAGAACAGUAAUUGGUAAUUCACUGACGAUGGUAAGAGAUCCAAGUCAAAACGUAGAGUGGGACGGAGGUGCCAUAUACAUUUUCACUGUUGAUUGCACUGGACUAUUUUUCUCGCAGGGCACAGCAGAAGCAUUUGCCCCAUAGCUCCCAGUACACAGACACCCCCAGUGCUGCUGCUUUGCCUUUUGGGGGCAAAGGCACAAAGCUGCCUUUCUUAAAGUUAAAAGCACAUCCUUCUUUUUCUGGUUUUGCAUCUGCUCCUUUUCAGACCACGUGCUGGUUUUUUGAGCCAAUACCUCAGGGUUGCUUCUGUUGUUUAAAAGGAGAAAUUAUUUGAGAUUCUUUAAGUUUAUUUCUUCUGCCAUUUUUCUUGUUGAACUGAAGUUUUUUAAAAUAAGACAAAACUAAAAAUCAUACACAAGACAACAACAGUAAUCUCAGGUCCAAAACAUGCAAACACACACAAAUCACAGGGAGCAGCAAUAACAUGUUUUUCAGUAGGUUGCCGUUUUCCUGACCCUAGUAAUAGCUGUCUCUUCUCUACAAAUACACAAGGCAGAGGUCUCAUUGUACUUACUUUACCAAGAAAUGUUUCUAUUAGAUGCUGCAAGCUUAGAAGUGAUCCUGCAGACUUGUACAGUGGUGUUUUUAUAACGUAGUGCUUUACUUUCCAGUUUGUCAGAAAUAAUUAAAAUGAUGUACUUCUUCAUUUAGAAAACAACUUUCAGGUGCAAGACAAUACCUUCCUCCUCUCAGCCUCGUCUUUGCCCCUGUACCCAGAACAGAGCAGGAGACAACAGCCUGAGCCAGCAUUUAAACCAUGUAAUAUUCCUUCUCCACCAUUUUGUGGACCCACAUUAGGGAUGGAAAAAGUGCUCAGUACAGUCAUGAUUCUUAUCAGUUCGAACUGUCUUGAGGAGACUUCUUGAUAAGGAUUUUCCAGGACCUAUUCCUCCAGGUGAAAGUGAGAGAGAAAGUGCUAUCUUUUCUUAUCAGAGUCCCUGUAAUCUUUGCAGAGUGUCUCUGUGCAAAGCUACUGUCUCCCUCUGAGAAGCUGGGCACACGCACAGCAAGCAUGAAACAACAGGUUGAUUAUUCAAAACAGAGGCAGACUUCUCCAUACAACAAAGCUUCAGAUCUUAUACUGUGCAUUAUUUGUAUUAAAGUGUUAUUUAUUUAAUUUACACCCAAAAAUGUACCUGUUCUCGACCUUAUUCUCUUCUCUUGCUGAGAGUGCCACAAAAUACCUCACCCUCUUGCAGGGUAAGAAGAAUAACGUGUUUUUUUAAAAGUUGCGAGUCCUGAAGAAACAAGCAAGAAUUUACGCCCCAGGGCCACGUGCCCCAUAACUAAAAGAGUAACUAAAAAAUUAUAUCCGAAAAAUAAUAAAUUUAUCCCUUCUUAAUUUGCAAUUGUAAUGUAUCUUAGUGAUUUGCAGCUAAUUUAACACUUGAUUGAUUCCUCUAACUGAUAGCUUUCUCCUUUGUAUUAAAGGAUCUAAAUGGGCAAAAUGGUAAACUCUCCACCCACAGUCUAAAUUACACCAACCUGAACCAAAAUCCAUGCACUUCUAAAGAAUCCUAGAAAAUGUGAAAACUUUAAAUUGGUUGUGCUUAAAUGCUGGUCCAUUAAAAGCUGGAGUCUGUAUUUAUGCUUUGCCUCUUUUUCUGUUGAACCAACAGCAGGAAAACAGGUACUGCUAUGGGACAGAACAGUUACAGAGGUAUGCAGUGGAGCAUUGCCAUUGUAUAAGGCAAAGUAAGGUUCACAGUGCAGUAAAUGGGAAAGAUGAAACCUCUAAGGCUCUUUAGCAAUCCUGUGUUCAGCAGUGAAUCCCCAGGGUAUCUUUCUUUCACAAAUACUUUGAUAAAAUGUCUACGGUGAGGCGCCAGCCAGUCACAAAAUACAUUUUUCAGGAAGCAAACUAGGGAGACCCAAACUUCUCCAAGAGCCUAAGUUCCAAGACACAAAAUGAUUAACAGAAGGCAAACUGAUGAGACUCAAAGAUAGUUGGCCAAAGAACUUAAGUACAAGAACAAACAGGAGUUUGAGUCCCAAACACUCCUACAAGCACAACAAAGUUCCCAUUUGGCAGAAAGUAAAUGGGUGAUGGUGGAACACACCCACAGGCACUUCGUCAUCAUCGUUGUCACUUCCAGGCAAAAUGCAUACUCCAAACACAAAACGUAGGCCAAGACGCUACACCAGCUCCCCCUCCCACCAAAAAAAACAAA